AUGCAAGCCCUUGAUAACAACAUGCACAUCAGGAAUGUUACUGCAGCCAGGAUCCAUGAUGCACACCCAGAAGUCCAGUUUGAGAACCAGUUCCAGUUCUUCAUGCUAGACAGCCUCAUUGAGCUCAACAACAUGAGUGGCAUCAAUCUUGUCACGACUACACUUCAUCAGGUGUACAAGGCUGUAUGCUCAUCGGAUACCAAUGGACUGAACUCUGUAAUUCUGUCCUUCAUUCCAGUCAAAUGGAAUGAUGACCUUGAUCCACGUCUGUCAGCCUGCAAAAGCAAGAUACAUCGUGGUAUCAACCACCCACAAAUUGCCGCUCUCUUUACCCCUCACGAGUACAAUAAGGGCUAUGGGAAAUGCUAUGACCAAGUUGUGAAACAUAUCCAAGCCAACGCCAAGUACCUCAAGGAUUCCAGUCAGGAAGCCAUUACCCUCAAGGCCACUCAGUACUCUCACUACCUCUACAGCAAGUACAACCCCAGAAACUCUAUGGACGGGUUGUUGAUGUCAUAUAUCCUUCUUAGGGCUGGUCACCAUAUUUUUGCUGGUCCAAGUGCAGCUUUCUCCUUGGCAAAUUUGCAAGGGAAAAUGAACAACAGCAUUGUGCUGAGAAUUUUCAAGGUUAAGCCCGAGAUGAUUUUGUAUACAGCUCUCCAGGUCCAUAUCGAUGUUUUUCUAAUGCUCAGUACUGACUUGUUACCAGACGCAAUUCUUGAAUUCUAUUACUUUAUCCUCAACACUAUCAAAGGAAAGUUCGGAGAUGAGGAUAGUGAGAAGGAAGGAGCUCAAGGUCAGCCUUCUGGAAACAAUGACAACAACAACAACAUGCCGGAAUUGUAG